CGCUGAGCGGAGGCGGCGGGGAAGGAGCUUGACAGCCCGCCAUGGCCGACCAACGGGGCUCCUGCGGCGGCCUGACCGGGCUGCAGAAGAUCGCGUUGGGCCUCGGGAUCCCAGCCAGCGCUGCCAUCCUCUACAUCUUGUACUGCCGGUACCGGGAGGAGCAAGAAGAGCGGGUGCCCUUCGUGGGGGAGGAGGAGAUUGAAGCAGAGCUGAAGGUGCCAAAGGAGGCUGUGAAGAUCCUCAUCGGGCGGCACGGGGCCAAGGUGAAGCAGCUGCAGAAGGACACCCGUGCCCGCAUCGACGUCAACCUGGAGGACUCCAGUGAGGAGCGGCUGAUCCGGAUCUGCGGCUUACCCGUCCAGGUGUGCAAGGCCAAAGCCGCCAUCCACCAAAUCUUGGCGGACAGCUUGCCCGUGACAGAGAAGAUCUACGUGCCGCACCAGGUGGUCGGGCGCAUCAUCGGUAGGGGUGGGGAGACGGUGAAAGCCAUGUGCCGGAGCACCGGGGCCAAGAUCCACUGUGAACGGGAAGGGGAGGGGGCUCUUUCGCUCACCCGCCUGAUCACCCUCUCUGGGACUCGCAAAGAGGUCCAGGCUGCCAUGGAACUGAUCAGAGAGAAGCUUUCGGAGGACGAAGCUUUCCGUAAGAAGCUGUCUCAGUCGGUGUUGGUGCGUUCUCAGCGGAAGCAGGCUCUGGGCACCCGGAGGGAAGCAGCGGCUGGCGAUCAGGGGAAUCUGCCUUACCUGGACACAGAGCCUGUCUGUUGGACGCCGGAUCCUGGGCACCGCCGAGGCUCUGGAGAUGGGCACCCAAAUUAUCCCGCGGGGGAUCCCCAGGACGCUUCUGGGCCAAGUUCUGCUUUCGAAGUCCCCAGCCCGGAUUUCAGCAUCCACGCCAACGAGCACCUCGAGGUCUACGUCUCGGCCACCGAGAACCCCAGCCACUUUUGGAUCCAAAUCAUCGGCUCGCGGGCCCUCCAGCUUGACAAGCUCACUCGGGAGAUGACGCAGUACUACGAGAGUGGCGAUGGCGGCAUGCCGGAAGCCCAGAGCGUGCACGUGGGGGACAUUGUGGCGGCCUUCUAUCCGGAUGAUUGCUCCUGGUACAGAGCCCGGGUCCUCGGCACCUUGGACGAUGGGAACCUGGACCUUUAUUUCGUGGAUUUUGGUGACAACGGAGAGGCGCCUUUGGAGAAGCUGCGGCUGUUGAGGACCGACUUCCUUGGUCUUCCGUUCCAGGCCAUUGAGUGUGGUCUGGCCAGCGUAGCUCCUGCUGGGGAACGCUGGGAAGAAGCUGCCGUGGAUGAAUUUGACCGCCUCACCCAGUGCGCCAAGUGGAAGCCGCUGAUUGCCAAGGUCUCCAGCUACGUGCCUUCCGGAAGUAGCAUGUGGCCGCGCAUCCGCUUGUACAGCCCCACCGACGGGCAGAACGUCGACGUGGGAGAGGAACUGAUACGGUUGGGCUACGCGGUGCGGCGGUCGCAGGAAGAAGACGGUGCCCCCUGUCCGUUCGACGAAGGGGAAGCCUUGAGCGAGCCCCUCGGGACCCUGGGAAAGCCACCUGGGACAUCCUUGGAGAACCUUCUCUCGGAUAUGCAACAGAGCCCCGAUGAGAGACUGCUCAGCCCGUCCUGCCCCAGCCUUUCAGAGGUAGCCUCCAUGUCAGAAGGGGGGGACCUGUUCCUGUUGGAGGAGAACUCGUUGACGCCAUGAGCCUCAGAGAUCCCGAGAUCCCAGGAAGGCCGAUCCUCCGCCUGGAACGGAACAGAGGGAGCCUUGUUUCUUUGAGGGGGCACGGGAAGAUCCCACCGCCGGAGGGACCAUUUUGGCAUCCUGUGGGGGACGUGCGGCCACCAGUAGUCUCUUGGCACCCCAAGAGGGAGCUUUAUUAGCACUGUUCAGAUGCAUUUGGAUGGCUAGUCGGGGAUUGAUCUGAGCUGGUUUUGACCAAAUACGAGCCGCCCGCAUCUAAGUUUUCUCUGGGCCAGGCUGGGAAGUUCCAAGGGAGAGGACUGGAUGGCUGUUUCUCCCCCAGAACAUGACUGUUCAUGUUCAAGUUGGGCUGUUAGACCCUGAAUCCACCCUUUCUUUCUGACCCGAAACACAUUUUUGGUCCCCCACCUGUCUGGAAAGGGGUGGGGCAGCCUGCUUCAUCUUUGGCCUAAGCCCCAACGCCUUGUACCCCAUGGCGUUGGUCUAAAGUUGUCAAACGGGUUGUCUGAAAGGACAGGGGGACGCGGGAGAGUUCGUUUUGCAAGAGUUGAGUUUUGUUUCGAGCCUGCUGGGGUGGGACAGCUACACGGAGAGGUGGGACGUGAAUGGCGGUGGUGAGGUACCUGUGGCAAACUUCCAGUGAAGCUUUUUCGUUUUUAUUUUUGUCUGAAAUAAAAGCUGGCAUUUGGCAUUUCC